UGCUUCCAUCUUAUCUCCACGACGGGUGUCGAAUCCCGCCCCAAAAGAGCUCUUUUCUUCUCCUAUGCUCUCCUUCUUUAGUCGAUAAUUUCUUGAAAACACUCACCUCCUCAACUUUAAUCAGGGCCCUCAAGUCUCUUUGAUGCUAUAAAACCUUUCUGUUUUCUGAGCUGCUCUACUUUUUUGUUUGAUUUCCCUGGUCCUAGUCUCAUUACUGCACUACACUACCAUAAUUCGGGUGCCACCUUCAAGAUGUUCAAAUACUCCAGCAAACCCAGAGUUUUCCAAGCUCAGCUUCUCUCAAUAAUCAAUAAGAGAUGUGUUGCCCAACUAUCUAUUCCAAACACUCCAUCUUCGCUUAAAAACGAAACAAACUUGACCUUCAUGAAAAAUUCCAAAGAAUGGGAUUUGCUUAGAGCCUCCUUGACAAAAUUCAAUGACAAUACUUCUUUGCAAAUUCCACUUGUCAUCAAUGGUGAAAAGAUUUACUCAGAUGAAACAAGACCUACACUUUCUCAUUUUAAUCCAGCUAAACAUUCUCAGGAAUUAGCUACUGUGACUCAAGCCAAUCCAAUUGAUGUUACCAAUGCCAUCAAGACUUCAAUGAGUGCCAAAAAAGAUUGGUUGAAAACACCAUGGGUUGAUAGAGCUUCAAUUUUUCUCAAAGCUGCUGAGUUGAUCUCGACUAAAUAUAGAUAUGAUUUACUUGCUGCCACCAUUCUUGGUCAAGGUAAAAACAUUUUCCAAGCUGAAAUCGAUUCUAUCGCCGAAUUAAACGACUUUUACAGAUAUAACGUUAAAUAUGCAAAGGAAUUAUACAGUACCCAACCAAUUGAAACUAGUUCUGGUGUUUGGAAUAGAGCUGAGUAUAGGCCAUUGGAAGGUUUUGUCUACGCUGUCACUCCAUUCAACUUCACUGCAAUUGCAGGAAACUUGGUUGGCGCUCCAGCUUUAAUGGGUAAUACUGUCGUUUGGAAACCUUCGCCUCAUUCUAUUUUAUCAAACUAUCUAUUGUACGAAAUAUUGGAAGAAGCAGGUUUACCAAAAGGUGUUGUCAAUUUUUUGCCUGGUGAUGCUGAAUUAAUCACAAACGAAGUCAUCAACGAUGAAAAUUUUUCAGCUUUACAUUUUACAGGUUCAACAAGCGUUUUUAAAAAUUUAUUUUCAACUAUUGGACAAAACAUUAACAAAGAUGUCUAUAAAGAUUUUCCAAGAAUUGUUGGUGAAACUGGAGGCAAAAAUUUCCAUUUGAUCCACAAAUCUGCAUCUGUUGUUCAUUCAUCAUUGUCAACUUUAAGAGGUGCAUUUGAAUACCAAGGUCAGAAAUGUUCUGCUACUUCACGAUUAUAUUUAUCAGAAAGUAUUUCAAAUCAAUUUUUAAAAAAUUUGACUGAAAACCUCAAUACCAUUGUACCACAUAACUGCUCGAUUAGUGAAGGAUUGAAUUCAUUCAUGGGGCCAGUUAUUCAUAAACAAAGCUAUGAAAAAUUGGUUUCAAAGAUUGAACAAGCCAAAGAGGACCCAGAUUUAGAGAUUAUUUACGGAGGUAAAUAUGAUAGUAAAGACGGGUUUUUUAUUCAACCAACAAUAAUUGAAAGUAACAAAAUUGACCAUCCUUAUUUUUCAGAAGAAUUUUUUGGUCCAAUAUUAGUUGUUUAUAAAUACAAAGAUAAGGAUUAUGAAAAAGUAAUUAAUAUAAUUGAUAAAACUUCGAAAUAUGGAUUGACUGGUUCUAUCUUUAGUAAAGAUAGAGAAGCAAUAAGAACCGCUGAAGAAAAACUUAGGUAUUCUGCAGGUAAUUUCUAUAUUAACGAUAAAUGUACAGGAGCUGUUGUUGGGCAGCAAUGGUUUGGAGGCAGUAGAAUGAGUGGAACAAAUGAUAAAAGUGGAAGUGCUAACAUCCUUAGCAGAUUUGUUUCUGUAAGAAAUGUGAAAGAAAACUUUCAAGAAAUAAAUGAUUAUAGAUAUCCUAGUAAUUACUAGAUUACUAGGAAACUAUUUUUGUUUAAUAUAACAAAUA